AUGGCUGAAUCCAACGAAUCCGGGCCGAUCGCGCGGGCUACCAAGCCUGUCAGCGAAGCUCUGCUGAACGAGAAGUGGGACCGCGCCAUCUCCUCCGUCAUCAUCAAGUCCUCCCUCGGUCUUUCUUUUGGAGUUGUAUUCUCCGUGCUCCUCUUCAAGCGUCGAGCUUGGCCCGCGUGGGUUGGUCUCGGCUUCGGAGCCGGACGUGCCUGGGAAGAGGCUGAUGCUUCGUUCCGUCGCGGUGACUCCCCCAUCAGAGAUGCUCUGCGUCGCUAA